GGUUUCUCAGAGUGUCAGAGUGGAGAGAGAGAGAGAGAGGAGAGAGAGGAGAGCCCCAUGGGGCUGAGAUUUGACCAAACAAACAGCCGGGCUUAGAGUGGUACCUCCUUCAGUGGUCUGCUGCACAACAUAGAUUAACCCCAGACUCUGGACAUCAGAGGGAUCUAUACAUCUGAAGCAGCAGCCCCUGUAGAGACAACCAGCUGGAAAUCUCUCCUCUAAUUUCAGAAGGAGGAGACCGACUGCUGGCCGGCAGCCUCCUCGGACAGAGUGGGAAGACUUGCCUCUGCAUCUCGGAUCACUCUGAAGAAAAAGCUGACUAAAGACGUCCACCAUGGGGAGGGUGACAGUGUUCAUGCUCCAUCUUACAGUAACAGCUCUCCUGUAUCUCUGCACCGAGACGUGUUGCUUGGAGAUAGUGCCUGAUGCCAAACAGCUGGUCCUGGUUGAGGGCUCCUCCCUCACCCUCACCUGCUCCGGCUUAAGUGAGACAACCUGGGAGUUCAAGAAGGAUGGUGUGCCCUAUUUUCAAGUGGAACAUGGUCAAAAUGCUGGUCAAAGCUACCAAAUUGAGCAGAUUGGCACCACAUCCAGUGUUCUGACCUUGUUGAACGUGAGCUGGAAGCACACAGGGGUUUAUCUGUGCGUUGAUCAAUACACUGGAGAAACUAAAGAGGUGUCUGUGUUUGUCCCAGACCCUGAUGUGUGGUUCAUAGAGAGCGUCCAUGGCAUGGUCGCUAAGACCAGCGAGGAAAGCACCAUCCCCUGCGUGGUCACUAACCCAAACAUCAACGUCACCCUGUACAAUAGGGACUCUAAUUUACCCAUCACAGGACAUUAUGUUCCCAGUGAGGGGUACAAAGCUCAGCUUGAGGACUGGACCUAUGUGUGUCGAGGAGAACUGAAUGGGGAGGUGAAACAGUCUCAGGCGUUCUACGUCUUCAGUAUUGUCUCCGAGGCCCUGGACGCCUACAUCAACGCGUCAAAGACCAUCCUGAAGCAAGGCGAACCGCUGACAGUAAACUGCACGGUGCACGGAGUGGAGCUAGUGUUUUUUUCGUGGGAUAUCCCCAACAGAGAGCUCGAGGUCGAGGCUUUGACAGACGUCCUGUCUCCCAUGAACAUGCGCUCCUACCUGUUCUUCCCUCGUGCCACAAUGGCCCACAGUGGAAACUACGUCUGCCAUGUCCAUGAGGGAGUCCAAGACCAGUCUGCCAAUGCCAGCGUCAACAUCACCGUGCUUGAGCAAGGCUUUGUGAACGUGAAGCCCGCGCAGCUACAAAACAUUUCAGCCAGUUUGCAAGAGAACGUGGAGCUGAGAGUUGAAAUUGAAGCCUACCCUCCCCCUCAGGUCUAUUGGGGCAAAGAUGGUGCCAUUAUCAAGGGAGAUAAAACCAUCAUAAUGAGACAAGAGCAUGAGAUCAGAUAUGUGACUAUUCUCACUUUAGUGAGGGUGAGGACAGAGCAGAAGGGCCACUACACCGUCCUGGUCACCAACGGAGAUGACACAAAGGAAGUGACCUUUGACUUGGAGGUCCAAGUUCCCUCUCAGAUUAAAGACCUGACGGACCACCACCUCCCAGGGAAUAGACAUUUGGUGACCUGCGUAGCCGAGGGAGUCCCAACACCGACCAUACAGUGGUACAGCUGUGACAGCAUGCUCAAGUGCAACAACCAGACUGCAAUGUGGAGGUCACUGAUACCACAGCCGGAGGAGCUGAGUAUCCAGACCAAUGUGAGCCAAAGUGACACUCGUAAAACCAGUCGGGUCCGCAGCCAGGUGACCUUCCACAAGCCACAGCAGGUGACCGUUCGCUGUCAGACCAGCAACCAAGCGGGGCUCGUUGACAGGAGAGACAUCAAACUGGUGUCCAGCACUCUUUUCUCCCAGGUAGCUGUGCUGGCUGCUGUUCUGGCUCUAGUUGUCAUCAUUAUUAUGUCUUUUAUCAUCCUCAUCGCCAUGUGGAGGAAGAAACCGCGCUAUGAAAUCAGAUGGAAGGUGAUCGAGUCUGUGAGCCAGGAUGGCCAUGAGUACAUCUAUGUGGACCCCAUCCACCUGCCUUAUGACCUGGCUUGGGAAAUGCCACGAGACAGCCUGGUGCUUGGUCGCACUCUUGGAUCGGGAGCCUUUGGCAGGGUGGUCGAGGCAACAGCGUACGGUCUCACUCAUGCACAGUCCAGCACAAAAGUGGCUGUGAAAAUGCUGAAAUCCACAGCCAGGAGGAGUGAGACUCAGGCCCUGAUGUCAGAGCUGAAGAUCAUGAGUCACCUGGGUCCUCACCUCAACAUUGUGAACUUGUUAGGAGCCUGCACCAAACAUGGCCCUCUGUAUCUGGUGACUGAGUACUGUCGCUAUGGCGACCUGGUAGACUACUUGCACAGGAACAAGCACACCUUCCUGCAGUACCAUGCUGAGAAGAACCAAGAUGAAGGCUGUGUGAUCUCAAGAGGCAGCACUCCGAUCAGCCAGAGGAAAGGCUAUAUCUCCUCUGGAAGUGAGAGUGAUGGCGGAUACAUGGAUAUGAGCAAAGACGAGCCCUCAGUCUACGUGCCCAUGCAGGAGCAGAUAGACACCAUCAAGUACGCAGACAUCCAACCUUCUCCAUACGAGUCUCCGUACCAGCAAGACAUUUAUCAGGAACAAGGUGGCGGCAGAUUAGACCUUGUCAUCAGUGACUCUUCCAUCCUCACCUACGAUGAUCUUUUGGGCUUCAGCUACCAAGUGGCAAGGGGAAUGGAGUUCCUUGCCUCCAAGAAUUGUGUCCAUCGUGACCUUGCUGCCAGGAACGUCUUGAUCUGUGAGGGCAAACUUGUGAAGAUCUGCGACUUUGGCCUGGCCAGAGACAUCAUGCAUGACUCCAACUACAUCUCUAAAGGCAGUACCUUCCUGCCCCUGAAGUGGAUGGCACCAGAAAGUAUUUUCCAUAAUUUGUACACAACCCUCAGCGACGUGUGGUCGUACGGGAUACUGCUGUGGGAGAUUUUCACAUUGGGAGGAACCCCCUACCCCGAUUUACCUAUGAAUGAGUUAUUCUACAGCGCUUUGAAGAGAGGCUACAGAAUGACCAAACCCGCCCAUGCCGCAGAAGAAGUUUAUGAUAUCAUGAGGAAGUGCUGGGAUGAGAAGUUUGAGACGAGGCCAGACUUCUCCUUUCUGGUGCACACUGUUGGGAAUAUGCUGACAGACAGCUAUAAAAAGAGAUACAACCAAGUCAGUGACAACUUCAUAAAGAGUGACCACCCGGCAGUCACCCGCACCAAACCCAGACUCUCCUCACCUUUUCCAGUCGCCAAUCCAUCAUUCGGCUCACCUUCCCCAGGCACAGUGUCCUUCCCCCCGGACCCCUACAACCAGAGCAUGAGCCCUGCAAACUUCAGACAAGAGGCAGACUCGCAGGACGUGAUAACUUCCUACAACGACUACAUCAUUCCCAUCCCAGACCCCAAACCAGAGGACGUUUUCACCGAUCCAUCAGAAAGCCCUGCAAGCUCUGUGGCUCUGGAGGAGGUAGAGAGCGACUCCAUGUCCCAGGACACAGCCGACACUCUUCCGGAGGAGGACAGGCUGGAGGAGACCAGCGAGAGAGACGCUCUGCUGGGCUCCACACCCGAGGUAGAGGACAGCUUCCUGUAGCCACGUGUAGGAACCAUGAGGGAGGAAAAAAAUUACAUUUGCCUGAAGAAGGGAACUAAAGUAGAAUGUAGCAAAAUGGAGACCGACAAGAGAAGGCCUUUUUUUUUUUGUAUUUCCACAGUUUUGCCCUUCAUUGAGUUUUUGUUUCACACUUAAUACCUCUGGGACUACAAAUGGUGAUGAGUAAUGAGCAUGAUUUUGUCAUUUAGUCAUUCUGUGGAAGCUUUCCAAAAUAUUAAUACAAUAAUAGACAUGGUACUCUCCUCACACUCCUUUAGAAUCAGUUUACAGUAUGUGCACAUGUGUUUACUCUAUUUUACUUUUUUGUAGAAAUCUGAAAAGCAGAUGUUUUAUAGACAGUUUAAACUCUUAUAAUAAAAUGAAAUGAAGGGCUACACACAUAUUAGACAUCUGGGUGACUUCAUUAAAAGUUGUUUUUUACUCACCUAAAA